GUAGCACUUUAAUACUCUUUUUUUUUUUCUCCUAAACAUUUUCAUGCAAGACCUGGGAAGGACACAUUGUCUCGGGCCAAAAGAAAAGGUCUUUAAAGAAGAAAAAAGCCUAAAAUGGGUCUGCUGAGUUCUAAAAACCCUAAAGACAAGCAAGCCCACAUUCUUCUGCUGGGACUUGACUCAGCUGGGAAAUCUACUCUGCUUUACAGGUUAAAGUUUGCUGAGACGCUUGCAACCAUCCCAACCAUUGGCUUCAACGUGGAAAUGGUCCAGCUGCAGAGCGGUCUUGCCCUCACGGUGUGGGAUAUUGGAGGGCAGGAGAAGAUGCGAACCGUCUGGGACUGCUACUGUGAGAACGCGCACGGGCUGGUGUACGUGGUGGACUGCUCCGAAGGCCAAAAGCGACUGGAGGACUCUCGCAAAGAGUUCAAGCACAUUUUGAAGAACGAACACAUCAAAAACACUCCGGUCGUCAUCUUAGCGAACAAACAAGACUUGCCGGGAGCUCUGAGCGCCGAAGACAUCACCAGGAUGUUCAAGGUGAAGAAGCUGUGCAGCGACCGGAACUGGUAUGUGCAACCCUGCUGUGCCGUCACUGGAGAAGGGCUGGAUGAUGGGUUCAGGAAAUUAACUGAGUUCGUGAAAAGCCACCUGAAGACAAGAGAGACCUUAGCAUUCUUCAAGCAGAAAUGAGACAAUUAUGAAGAAAAGUGGAAUUCUGUUUUAUUUUCCAUGCAAAGUGGUGGUGGUGGCGGCGGUGGGGGAUAAGUUGCUGAGUCAGCAAACUUUUCCGGAAGCCCCCCCACUCCCCCACCCCCGCUCAGCUAAAGAAGGAACCUCAGAAGCAAACUAUGGGGCGAUGAUCUCUGAGAAGAAAGAAUUUAUAUUUUGAAAAGGUUAACGUGCUGGAUGAUUUUAAAGUCAUAUUUAGAGCUGCAUAAAUGUUUAUUAAUUUUUGUAUGACCACUGAAGUUUAAAUAGCUUGUCUGCUUAUAUAGUCAGGAUUUUUUCAUAUCGUUCUCAGCUGUUACAGACAUUGAAUUUCUACCCUGUUCUUGGGUAGUGAUUGAGUGGUGAGAAAACAACACAAGCUUAGAUUGUGGAAAGGGAAACAGUUGAUGUUAACCUUUUGAAAAUCUUUGUUUUGUAAACAGAACCCACCACACCCCCAAAUGCUGUUUGAAAAUCUAUUGCUGGUAACUUCUUUUAUAUUUAAAAAUAUAUUUUUUAGUUAAUUCUU